GGCAGAUAGAGGGUGUCCCCAGUGGAGAGCCAGGGAGGUCUAUGUCAUCUACCUCCUAAGAGAAAGGGUAGCCAACCAAACGCUGUCACACCUCAGAAACUUGAACUGGCCAGAAAGAUGUCUGGACGCCAGGUGAGCCGGUCCAACACUUACAGCCGCGUGAACCAACCCAACAACACAUCCCUCCCUCCUCCAACUCCAGGCUGGGUCCAGUACCCCAGUAUAAACAACAGCAAGGGCCCCCGUGCCCAACUUCCAAGUGACACUGAGUUAAGCGCCUCCAACAGCUACUUGGGCCCCUCUGAGCAGCCCCUCUACUCUGCCAUCCCGGGACUUCCCUUGGGGAAAGUCUGCAUGGGCCGCCCCUACAGCUCCAGGUGUGUAGAGACAAGUCACCUGAUGAGAGGCUCCAAGGUAGCCAAAAAGCCCACUUGUCAUCGAAGCAACCCUCACUGCCUGAUCUGCACAGACCGUCCAUCAUGCCCAUCCAGCCCUACUUUCCUGGAUCAACUCAUCAAAGGCAUCAGUUACUUGGACAGAUCCACCAAUGUCUACCCCAAAGCGCUGAGCUUACCUCAGCUGGCGGCCACCUACCUGGAGCGAGCUGCUAACUCACUCUACCUGGAUCAAUCGGAACGCCCCCCACUCCGUAGCUAUUCCACUCCCACCACUAGCACGGCCAUCACCAAUCACUCCCCAGCCAACAACUGCUUGGUCCCUUCCACUCGGGACACCAAAGUCCUGCAGUGUCUGGGUGGCUCCACUGGUUUGAAUUACCAGCAACGGCCUAACAACCAGACUUUCAGUGUCGAGAUGCCUCAGAGGCCUGUGAUCAAACUGCCAGAGAUCCCUCUGUUUGGCAAUGGGUUUUUUUCUUUAGGUCGUCUGCCCAAGUUCUGGGAAGCAAUCCGCUCUGGAUGGAAUGUUCCUGAACCCACCUCUAAGCCCGAGGGCUGGUGGUGAUUUGGAUGUCAGGCUUGUCCAGUGGGCACAUGGCCACAGUGUGGAAAAUAAAUUAUCAUAAGACAAAA